AUGGGGUUCUCCGAGUUGCUCCACACCAUCGGUGGUAUGGGGAACUUCCAAAUCCUUCAAACUGUUCUCAUGAUGUUCCCUGCCAUCCUGAUCGCCUGUCACAGCUUCCUGCAGAACUUCACUGCCACGACCCCAAAACAUCACUGCCGGCCAGCCAACUGGACCAACGGGUCCCAUGUCCCGGGUGGUGUCGGGGACGGGGACUUGCUGCAAGUCUUCAUCCCACUGGACAAGGACCAGAAGCCUGAGCAGUGCCUGAGGUUCUCUGAGCCCCACUGGCAGAUCUUAAACCACAAUGGCACCUCGUCUUUGAGCUUGGACACUGAGGCCUGCCUGGAUGGGUGGGUGUAUGACCAGACUGUUGCCUCCUCAAUCGUUUCUGAGUGGGACCUGGUGUGCGAGCACAAGUCACUGAAGUCCAUUGCCCAGUCCAUAUACAUGACGGGACAGCUGGUUGGAGCUACUGCCUUUGGCAUCCUCUCUGACAGCUGUGGGCGCAAGACGGCGCUGCAGAGCGGGACCCUGCUGAUGAUCAUCAUGGGCACCAGCGCUGCUUUCGCGCCCAGCUUCCCCGCCUACUGCGUGCUCCGCUUCCUCAGUGGGGUGGCAAUGACCGGCAUCAUUAUCACCAGCCUCUGCCUCGCCAUGGAGUGGACCCCAACGCAGAGUCGGAUGCUGGUCAAUAUCUACACCAUGUAUAUGAUCACGCUGGGCCAGGUGGUCCUCACGGGCCUGGCCUACCUCAUCCACCAGUGGCGCUGGCUACAGGGUACCGUUUCUGUCGCCUACGUGAUUAUUCUUCUCUACUCCUGGGGCCUGCCAGAAUCCGCUUGCUGGCUCAUCACUCACAACAAACCUGACAAGGCUGUGAAAAAUCUGCAGGCUGUGGCAAGAUUAAAUGGCAAAAAGGAGCAGGGAAGGAAACUCACUCCAGAGGUUGUAAGGAUCCACAUGCAGGAGGACACAGCUGCUGUGAAGGAGUCCCCAUUCUUCCUAGAUCUCUUCCGCACUCCGGGACUCUGCAGGUUGACUUGCUGUAUCACCCUGGGAUGGUUUUCCACAGGCUUUUCUUUCUAUGGGCUGGGUUUAGAUGUGCAGAAAUUUGGGUUCAACAUCUACUGGACACAAGUGCUGUUUACAGUGGUGGAUAUCCCCACAAAGCUGCUGACAGGCCUGAGUAUGGCCUACUUUGGCCGCCGAAUCACCACCGUCUCCCUGCUGCUGGUGGCUGGUUGCAUGAUCCUUAUCACUGCAUUUCUUCCUCAAGGCAAUCAUAGCCCACUGCUACAGCCUGUGAUAUUUGGCCUGGCCCCUAUCCUGGCGGCUGCAGCAGGCUCCUUCCUGAUGGAGACGAAUAACCAGCCAUUGCUGAACACCAUCCAGGAGACAGAGAAGAGGUAG